CGAGAUGGUGCUUCCGAUUGGGUUUGCCUGUCUCUCUUGGCCCGAGUCCGGACCCCGGCUGACCCCUCCUUUUGGAGCAUACUCGGAGAGGUACGGAUUAUCCGUACUCUGUACACAGUAACUGCUGUGUCUGUUGAGCUGCAACAAUAGACCGAUGCUACAAAAAUCCACAAUUCCAUCCUCUGUCAGAAAACGCUGGGCAACCACGGCAGCAAGAGGGUUAAGCCCCAAACGAGGGUCCCCCGCCCGAGUCUUUCGAUGUCGCCACCCCUGGACCACGGAGGUGGGCGCACAAUGACAGUGGUGGCCCUCCAACUCGUCCCAUCUCCCCCGCGCUGGCCAGAUUCUGCAGCCAUGCCUGAGCAAGUCGCCGGAACAACCGCGCUGCGGAUCGGAUCGACCUCUGCCCCAACUCUCCGAGGACCGUCGUCACAACUCCACCAUCGCGCCACCACUCAAUCCCAACGUUCUGUGGUUGUGUCUUAACCCUACAGCAAGCUCGAGGGGGCCAUUUUCAAGCUCUCUCGAGGCCAGGGGUCUGUACGUCGACAUGACAAGGCAAUUGGAGGCCCAAUUGAGCCUGUUCGCGCCAGGGGUACGUUCCACUUACACCGGAGCGGCUGCUUAAAGUCACGCUCAUCGUCCAAUUCCGAGAUCACCAGUCGCCAUGGCGUGUAAAUAGGUAUGCUGGCGACAAUUCGGUGUCCUCAUCCAGACUUCGUAGCUACCA